GCAGUAGACUACUAAGAAUAGCAUUUGAGGACGGAAGGUCUAGUAUGUUUAAACCAUGUAGGAUAAAUGCCAUUAAUCUCACUUUUAACUUUCUCCCAACUCAACAUGUAGGCUAGGCUUGUUCAGCUGGUGAGACAAGCAUCCGAACCUAUAGCAAAAUACGAACAUCAACAUCUCUUUCAUUUCGUGAAAGACAACACCAGACAGGUGGGGAAAAUGGCGUCUGUAUCUAUGCUUUGUUUCUUCCUGUGGAUUUCUUCUGUCAUCAGCAUUGGACACGGUUGUCCUGAGCUAUGUACCUGUUCCGACAAAUAUGGACGUCAUUUUGCAGAAUGUUCGUACAAAGACUUGGUUGAAAUCCCUGACGGAUUCCCCCCUAACGUGACCACUCUUAGUCUUUCUGCUAAUAAAAUCUCUCUGAUCGAGUUUGGAAGCUUUGACAAUGUGACCCAAGUGACUUCCUUAUGGAUGGCCAACAAUGAGAUACUUUCCAUUAAGCCGGGGACCCUGGCCCACCUGAUACAGCUGCGUAACUUUGAUAUCAGUCACAACAGAAUAGUGGAUUUCCCUUGGGAAGAUCUCCAGAAUCUCACAGCUCUGCAGCUUCUGAAGAUGAACCACAACAAGAUGGUCAGUUUGCCCAAACAUGCCUUCUUUAACCUCAACGAUCUGAGGUCGCUGCGUCUCAACAAUAACAGGUUCACGACUAUUCCAGAAGGGACAUUUGAUGGCUUAAUCUCCUUGUCUCAUCUGCAGCUCUAUAACAACCCGUUCACAUGCUCCUGCUCCAUGGACUGGCUGAGAGACUGGAUAUUGAAGACCACCAUGACCAUCCCUGAGCAGAAUUCCAUUGUCUGUGCAACCCCAGAAAAAGUGAAAGGAGCAAUUAUUGUGAAAUUGCCUGAAUCAAAGUGCAUGUCCCCUAUCGUCACCAUAACAUCUCAACCAGACAUUGGCAACACAACACUCUAUGAUGGUGCAGUGCUGAUGUUGACCUGUGAAACUGAAGGCAAUCCAAAUCCUGAAAUCAUCUGGAAAAUCCAUACCGAAAGACACAAUGUGACAUUGAGUUUGUCGACAGAGGAGGAUGACUCAGCAGAGUCGGUAGAAUCCAGGGAGCAUACUAACAUCUCGGACAAACCAAUCAAAUUCUUCCACAAUGGUACCCUUAUCAUAUCACCAAUCAGCAAAAAGGACAUUGGCAACUAUAGCUGUUUAGUAACAAAUGAAUUUGGUAAAGCUGAGGAUUUGGUGUCUGUAGUGAUUGUGGAUGCACCAACACCCCCUCCUAUAAAAAAGUUGAUUGAAACUCCCAUGGUGCCAGAAACCAAGCCUUCUAUACAUCAACCAGAUGUCAUAACGUCCAUCUUCGACACAUUCCAUGUUGCCAAUGUAGAGAGAAAGGACAUCAUUGGUAACAUCCCAACUCUUCCACCAUCUGCUGAAGUUAAAACUAAAUAUACAGACCGGGUUGUGAGGUAUCCAACCCGUGCUACCAAAUGUGGCUUGAAUAGCCAAUCACAAUACAUCUCCAACCAUGCCUUCAACGGGACCCUAGACGAUGUCAAGCAAUACACAUUUGACUUUGGCAUCAUUGCCUUGGGGGUGUCAGAGACAGAAGCCAAAGUACGUCUUAACCCUCUUCUCCUACCUAAAGACAAGACCAGUAUCCAACUUAGCACCUCAGAGGAGUUUCACUCUGUCAACAAAGAGUUUCACAAAACAUCUGAAGUCUCAAGAAGGGUAAUCUCAGACGGCUUGUAUCUAUGUGUUACUGCUGACCACAGACACUCUGCAGUCCAGUGGUCUAGGAUUGAAGAUGGUGUCAACACCUAUCUGUUUAGGGGUUUACGCCCUGGAACCAACUACUCCCUCUGUCUCACCUACAGAGGGGAGGACUGUGAAGUCCAAGUACUCUUUGCGACGAGGAAAAGGGUUCCAGACUUGUUAAUCAUCAUCUCUGUCAGCAUAUGCCUUCUUACUGUGUCCACUGUGCCUCUGCUCGGGGCCACAUGCUUUCAUUUAGUGUAUAAAUACAGAACCAAAACCUACAAGCUGAUUAUGAAAGCCAAAGAUCAAUACCACAUAGAGAGGAAUCUAGGUGCCAACUUUAACAUUAGAGCUCCCAAUGCUGAGUCUCAAAGGAAGAUCUACAUUAGUGAGAUAGAUGAAGGAGCAGAGAGCGUGGAGGGCGACAGAGAGGGGGAUGUGGAGGGGAGCAUUGCGACAGAGUCCUUUACUUUAUCUCAGUACAGAGGGAACCUAGAUGACUGUGAGGUAGGGUCUGAGUAUAGCGACAGACUUCCACUAGGGGCAGAGGCAGUGAAUAUUCGGAGUAAUUACAAAUAGUGGAGUCAUUAAAGGGGUCAUAGAAUGCAAAACCGAGUUUCCCUUGUCAUAAUCGAAUAACGACAGUUUGGUGGGUAAAAUGGACAUACAGAGAACCUCAAGUCCCAUUGACACCCCUUUCCUAUGAAAAUCUCACAAUUUGAAACUGCUCCUGUAAAACGGUAGAAUCCAAAAGAAGCCCCAAGUUCACGUCAACUCGUGGCUGUACAUUAUUUGGCUCUGGUCUGUACCUUUGUCAGGCCCCAAAAUGUACAUAUAGUAAAUGUAUAACUGUUAUGUUGCUUACAAUGCUAAAAACAAACCUAAUACAAAGUUAUGCUUAGGCUACGACACUGAAGUGCGAGUAUUUCACUAGUAUUACAAGGAACGGGUGCUGUUGGCCAUGUUGCGUCUUUGCUCCACAGCUUCGCUCGUUGUAAACCAACCAAUCAGCUCGCAGCUCAUCUAAAUAUUCAUGAGCAUACCAUAAAAGGGAGAAAACCUCUCGUUUCAUUCUAGGGAUAUUUCACAGGGUUGCAUUAGGGCGCAUAGAACAGCACCUGGGCCAUUUUCAGCCCAACCAAUGUUACAUACCCUAUUCGGAGACCUUAAGGAACAGUGUGAAAUACCCUAUAAAAUCAUUCAUGACACCUUUCUAUUUGUGAUCAUCCAGGCCUAUCUGGGUGACUUUAAUAUUGGUGUUGGUGUUUGAUUUCUGAGAUUUUGAUUGGCUUGACAUGAGAACUAUAACACCCAGGUAAAUAAACGCCAUAUACUGUUGCCAUAACCAAUUACUUAAAGUUAAACUUAAAGAUACCUCUUUGAUGUCUCGAUGGAAAAACAUACUUCACAUACAUUGGAAAAUUAGUUGGUUGAAUGUUUUGGAUAAUUUUAGGUCAUUGGUUCACAGUUCAGUCUAUUUCCUAUAAACAUGCUAGAGUAUAAAUACAUGUUAGCAGGUAGAGGUACAUUUUUUAAGAGCAUUUGCCAGUCAAGUGUCCCAUGGUUGCAAAUUAGUCAAAGUAAAUGAGUGUAGUCUGCGUAACAGGCAAGUAGGGGUAAAGAUCAUUUGUACUGUGUCCUAAAUGUCUCGGCACUCAACAGUUGCACUCAUGAAUGUGUUCGUCACUCUAUUGUAACUAUGCUGGUACAUGUUGUUAUUAACAAAAAGUGAUGCUAACAAAAUUAAGAAAUGUUUUAUGCUAAUACUGCAUGUUAUUAGUAUUAUAUUGUAGACCCAAGCAUUGUGUCAGUAACUAUAAUAAUAACUCUUUCUAUCUUCAACUCUUAACAAUUCUAUUUUCUGCUGUUUGGGUUAGGAGUAGGCUUUAAUAUGUUUAUUUCUCAUGUUACUGACUCUAUGUGCCUGAACUAAUAAAGUUAGAUUAGU